UUUUUAAUGUUUAGGCAUGCAGGAUUUAUAUACGUUGGUGUCCGCAAUGUCAGAUAAAAUAGAAGGUUUUGAAUUUAUUUUUUGUCUUAUAAUCUUAUUAAUAUCUCUUCAUAGCAUUGUUUAUUCAACAUUAUUAAUUUUUUAGAUAAUUUUUAAAAAAUAUGUGCAGAAAUAACAACAAUUUCAUUAAACAUACAAGCUAUCGAUACUCGUUUAAAAAACAUAGAAUCACAUUAUAACCAUCAUACGUCUAAAGCAUCUGCCAUGGAUACAUCGAAUAUUCAAAAAUCUUUUCCGUUUAAGACCAUAAAUGAAAUAAUAGCUUUUGAGCAUAAUUUAUCAGAAAAUACAGAUGAGUAUAACAAAUAUAUACAGUAUAUAUCUCGCAUAGGCGGAGGGUCCGGUAAAGAAAAUUUAAUUCGCAUAUAUCGAACUUUAUUUUCAAACGAAGUUGCCAAGGUUUCAUCCUGGAAGGGACUACGCAACCAUUUUAAAAUAAGUAGUCUUAAAUCCAUGUUGGCAGGAAUUCAAGCAACAAUUUUGGCUCAACACCAAUUUACGAAUAAAGACUUCGAAGACGUUACGAAGGAAUGGUUUCGACAAGGUGGGCAGAGGCUCAACCGACAACGGAAAGACUCCGAAGAACCAAAUGCUGUUUAAAUUUGUAUACAGGUUAAUAUUUUUUUGAAUGAUUUUUUUAUAUUUUUAUUAUUAUAUAUUUUAUUAUAUUUUAUAUUAUUUAUAUUUUAUAUUUUUGAUUUAUAUUACUACUAUAUUUUAAUUAUUAAAUACUAUAUUUUGUUAAUUCAAAUAUUUAAUUCCAAAUAUUUAAUAAAUAUAUAACAAUUUUUUAAACAAAGUUUCAAAAUUUUGUCUCAAUUACUACUGGUAGCUAGUUUUGGUCUCUGCGUA